AUGACAAAAGUCGAAGAAAGAAACCAUUCAACUGUUGAGAUGGAGGGUUCACGUCUAAUGAAACUUCCCUUUGAAACCAUCGAGGCUAUCUUCUCUCAUGUAGACCCAGAGGAUCUCGUCAGCCUUUGUUUGGUUUCAAGGUCUGUUAGGGAGUACGCUGUAUCUCGGCUCUACCGCUCUCUCGAAUGCGUUCUCCAGCCCAAGAGUGAUCUCGAGCACAAAUGGCCCAUUGACCGCCUCGCAAAAGAAUUGGAAACCUUGACAACAAGCGAUUUCAACUAUGCGGCAUAUAUCAAGUCGAUAUGUCUAGACACCGCACCGCUUGCCGAUGAUAACGACUAUCAGUUCCAAGAUCAGAUAGCAGAGCAGUUUAAAUAUGAUAACCCCUGUGGAAAAUUUUUCAACAACCUCCUUCUUGCGUCAAUCAAGAAGAUAUCAACCCUGGAAUCCUUUCGAUGGAACGCACGCCUUGAACUCAACCCUGCAGUCUUUGCAGCCCUUGCAAAGACUCCAAGUUUACAGCAUGUAUGCAUUCGAAUGCCCGCCGGUGUAGAACCUAUUCAGAAAAAGGCCGCCCCAGCUCCUCCACCUGGCCCUCAGGCGCAGCCACUACCCCUUCCAGUCCAGCUCAACCAAAUUCAUAUGCAUCCAGCACCCCCAAUAGCAUUAGUUAACCACCUACCUCAUAACUCCACAGCUUCUCGAGACAAGUUCAAGGGCCGCAAAUACUGGGAUCCAACUCAGACUUUCUCUCAUUUUACCCGAAUAAACUCCUUGGAAGUUCUAGAAAUGGACAAUCUCGGGUAUAUUGAUGAGAUUUCAAAAUGCAUCCUGCAGUCGUCCAGUACCCUAAAGCACCUGAAGCUAUCGUUUUCAGAGAGACUUGCUCUCUCAGCGCGCAAAAAGAAAGAUGACGAGGUUUCGGAAACAAGCAGUGUUCAAGAUGAGGACGAGCUCUACCAACCUCUCCCACCUCCACCUCCUCUAGGCCAACCUGCGGCCUUUACUUCAUCCAGCUCCAAGAAUUCUGAGGUUCGCCGUGAACGUCUGGCUCAGGAACAGGUGCUUAGUCGUCUUUUCAGUUUAGACAUAGACAAAAAUACAGCGUCACACAAAGAGCCAAAUGAGCUUGUUGACAAUGCUAUUACCAGUACAAGCAACGGCCUCCAGGUUAGGGAUGAUGCAGACCUAUCCCUUAUUAAUGAUUUAAAAUCGAUACUGGAAAAGCUUAACACACAACAGCCGAAAUACCGAGCUGUCAUAGCCGAAAUUGAGAAGGUCACGGGUCCUUACCAAGACUCUGAGAAAGAACCGGAACAGUCAAACGCUCCACCUGCUGCCUCUUCGGGUGAGAAUGGUGGCGAUAAUGCUGCGGCGACCGAUGGCAGCAAGGAGAGCAAAGAGCAUGAACCGAAGUCUAGUGACACAGAUACCCUUACUACAGGCGACCCUGAAGACACGGAUCUAGAGAAACGUUUACAAAACCUUGUAGACAUGGAACAUCCUGAUGACAUCAGUGAAGGAGAAGACCAGGAGUUUAUCGACGAGAUGAUCGACAACGCACCUCGCAUCAAGGCAAUGACCAAUGGGACUGGUCGCUUUGGCAAAUCAAAAGGCAAAGGGCUAGCGAAUAAGAUACCAGUCGAUGAUGACGAUCGUAGCACAAAUGAACACGAUGUUAUUCAUAAUUAUGUUCGUCAACAUCAUGGCAUCGCUCUCGACAGUCUUUCAAUUUAUUUGGUCCCAGUUAAGGCCUCCAUCCUUUGUCGAUGCAUCAACGUCUGGACCCUGAGACACAUCUCCUUGCUCAACGUUGGUCCCCAGAGGGCAUUCUGGGCGACUCUGGAGAAUCUAAAUAGGCAUAAUCCCAUUCCACUUGUCUCUGUUCACACAGACAACGUGACUAAUCACCUACUUUCUUUCCUCAAUGCUCUGCCACGCUUAGAGGAGCUGUUUAUGCUAGAGCGAAGUGCCCGCUCUAGAGUAGAGUCUUCUACUCCCAAAUCUACCGUUACAGUUGAAGAGAUGCGCGACCUUGUGCUCACCAAACAUAUGGGUACGCUAAAGCGGCUGAUGAUCAGAAAUGACAAUGAUUUAAGCUGGUCUUUGGAUCCUGCAUCUGUUCUACUUAUAGCCAAAAAUGGCCACAAGUUGAUUGAACUGGUAGCUCACUUCGGCUCCCGAUCCUUUCACAUACUGAUGCGGCAUUUGAGCACCAUGAAGUCGCUCCGCGUACUGCAUAUUCUUUUCUCGGAGCCUGAUUACUGCCUUAGUGUCCUGGACGAGGUGCGGGAGUGUGCUAUUGAUAACUUUGCGCGCUACUCUUCCAUCAAGGACAUCUACAUUGGCGUGAGCUAUGCCUCUGGUGGCCCUGUGCAAACACGUGGCACCUCUAUGAAAUUCCGUACUAGAAGCAACCUGACAGCCAAGGAAAGCCAAGCAGUUGACUCCAACAACAAAGAUGCGGAUGAAAUGGAUGAGGAGUUUAUCUGCUCUAACCCAUCAACUUUCGUAAUCCUCUCGGAGCUUGCUCAGUUCGAAGAUGUACCGGGAGUCAAGGUCUGGAAGAAAGAAAACUGGAACUUGAUGCUAUGA